GUGCCGCGUAGUACAUUUCUUAAUUCUAAUUAACGUACCUGAUUUCAAAAAUGCGUCAAAGUGCAAUAUUCACCGUGGAGAAAGUCAAGCAGGAAAUCGAUAGCAAACGGACGCACACUUUCGAAGAAGCUCUUGAAUUGGCCGGGUUCGGACGGGCUCAAAUUAUCCUGACGUUUCUGUCUGGUUGCACAAUGAUGGCAAGCAUAAUCGAAUCCAUGGGCAUCAGCAUAAUUCUCCCGGCCAGUGAUUGUGACCUACUCAUGGAUCCGGGGGAAAAGGGCAUGAUCGGAGGAGCAAUUUUCCUGGGCGUGAUGGCGUCUUCCUAUUUUUGGGGCUACCAGGCGGAUACCCGAGGACGAAAGAUCGUUAUACAAUAUGCUCUCUUCAUUGUGUCAAUCUGUUCGGUCGCUUCAAGUUUUACGAACGAUUUCACCUCGAUGAUGUGUCUGCGGCUACUCACCGGUGUCUUCCUGUCAGCGCCUAAUUCAACGGUGUACGCCUACUUUGGUGAGUUCUGUCCACCCAAGCGACGUGUCCAGAUGUUGUCCUACGCUUCGAUUAUAGGUUCGGUUGGUAUUAUUUUCAUCGCAGGCAUCGGUUGGUGGCUCCUUAGCUACAACUGGUCGUUCGUCAUCUUUGGAUUAGUGUUCAAACCAUGGCGUUUGUUGUUCAUUGUUUACACUAUUCCUGGCCUGCUGACAGGCAUAGCUUUUCUAUUUUGCCCGGAGAGUCCAAAGUUUCUACUUUCGCAAUCACGAUCUCAGGAGGCUCUGGAUGUCUUGCGUUGGAUCCAUAAGGUCAACAAAGGCGGCAAUAGUACAGAAGCCUUCCCAGUCACAUCGUUAGCAUCUCUUGACGACAGCGCUCGAGUGCACUACAAACCAGGUCUGAUGGGUAUUCUCAAAUCAAUGAAAGAUCAAACGAUACCGCUGCUGAAGUGCCCUUCAGUUCUGUAUUUCUUCAUAUGCUGCCUUGAAGCUUUGGGCGCUUUCUCUAUAUACGGGGGACUUGGACUGUGGUUUCCCCAGAUCAUGAACAAAGUAGUAUCGGACAGUGCUACCCAACCAAUUUGUUCUAUACUGCAAGUCAAUAACGUCAACGCUUCUUCAACGGAACACACCGCCGCUCCUCAAUGCAUCGAACACGUUCAACAGGAAACUUUCCUUUUCACCGCAAUGCUCGGCCUGUUUGCUGCCUGCGUUAGCUUCUUCAUGUCUCUGAUGCUCGGACGCUUCCACACCAAAUCGAUGUUGAUCGUCAACAUGGCGAUUGCUGGAGUAGCCGGUAUUGUAUUGCAAUUCGUGUCCAACAGUUACGCGGUAGCUCUGCUCUUCUGCGUCGAGAUUCUGUUCGCCGGUAUAGGAGUGUUGCUGGUAAACGGGUUAGCCGUUUCACUGUUUCCAACGCAUGUCACAGGAAUGGCUGUUGCGUUGAUCAACGUCGUUGGCCGGUUUAGCUGCUUCGCGGCGAGUGCCGUCAUUGGGUUGAUGAUACGACAGGAUUGUCCGUUGACUUUCUAUCUACUCAGUGGAUUACUGCUGGUUUGCUCGGCGGCUUCUUUACUGUUAAACCAAAAGGAAGUGACCAUGGCCUACGAUCAUACAAUUUUUACGGUGGAAAAAGUGCCUCCGAAGAAGACCUUGCUUAAGGCUACCUUCGAUGAGGCACUGGAACUGGCUGGCUUCGGACGAGCUCAACUGAUAUUGCUGUUUCUUACCGGAUGUUCCAUGAUGGCAACGGUCAACGAAGCCAUGGGCUUAAGUAUCAUACUACCAGCUAGUGAUUGUGAUCUACAGCUUGAUCCCGGGCAGAAGGGACUUCUCGGUGGAGCGAUAUUUUUGGGAAUAAUGGCCUCAUCCUACUUCUGGGGCUACCAGGCGGAUACCCGAGGUCGUAAGGUGGUGGUCAGAAAUGGCCUUCUAAUGGUGGCCGUUUGUUCGGUUGCGUCCAGCUUUGCCAACGACUUCACAACGCUGAUCGUUCUCCGGUUCAUAACCGGAGUAUGCAUUUCUGCCCCAUCGGCCACGGUUUACGCAUACUUUGGCGAGUUCUGCCCCCUGCAUAGACGAGUUCAGAUGAUUUCCUAUGCCAAUAUCAUGGGAUCGAUGGCCAUCUGCUACGUUGCACUUAAUGGAUGGUUGAUGCUGUCUUUCGACUGGGAACUUCCACUGUUUGGCGAGAUAAUCUUCAAACCAUGGCGUCUGUUGUUCAUCAUCUACACCAUUCCCGGUCUUUUAGCAGGAAUUGCCUACUGUUUCUAUCCAGAAAGCCCCAAGUUCCUGUUAUCCCAAGGGCGUUCGCAGGAAGCUCUGGAAGUUCUCCGUUGGGUUCAUAAAAUUAACAAGGGAUCUUCGAGCGAUGAUGAAGAAUUCCUGGUUGACAAACUGGCCCCGCUGAACGAUGGAAUGAAAAGCGAGUACAAACCUGGCCUCAUAGGUAUUCUAACAUCUAUGAAAGAUCAAACUAUCCCGUUGCUAAAAAUGCCAUAUUUGAUCUAUUUCCUGGUGUGCUGCGUACAAAGCUUAAGCGCUUUUGCCAUUUAUGGAGGCCUUGGCUUGUGGUUCCCUCAGAUCAUGAACAAAAUAGUUUCGGGAAAUCCUUCGGACGAAGAGCUGCAGAUUUGUUCCAUUUUGGAGGAAAACACUGCAUCGAAUCAAACCAUUUCAGCUCCUUCCUGUAUCAAGCAUGUGCAACCGGAAACGUUCAUGUUUACCCUUUUGCUCGGAUGCUUUUCGUGCUGCUUUUGUUUAACAAUUUCCCUGAUUUUGGGGAAAGUCCACGCUAAAACGAUGAUGAUCGUCAAUAUGGCCGUCUCGGCCACUUCCGGAAUUUUGCUGCAGUAUGUCACCAAUAGCUAUCUGGUAGCCGUUCUGUUCUGUGCCCAAAUUAUGUUUGCCGGUAUUGGAGUAACGCUCGUUAACGGGUUGGCCGUGACGCUUUUCCCGACCCACGUCAACGGGAUGGCCGCAUCUCUCAUCAACAUGGUCGGACGGCUCAGCUGCUUUGUGGCCAGUUCCGUUAUUGGACUAUUGAUGGUUCAGAACUGCCUGAUGACGUUCUACGCACUGAGCUGUCUACUGCUGGUUUGUUCUGGAGUUACGUUUUUAUUGCCCACCAAAACAGCCAGUUGAUUGCGAGAAAUGUCGUAAAAAUCGAGAAAAAAAACUUAAAAAAGCUGUGAUUAUGAUACAAAGUAUUUUAAUGAAGAAAUGAAGAAUAAUGCUAGAAAUUAAUGUCUUGAUCUUGUUGAUCAAAGAUGCAACCUCUUGUAACGCAUGAGAUAUUAUGUAGAAUUAGUAAUAACCGAAUUGAAUUUAACUUACUGAAAAACUUGUUUAACAUAAAUUGUAAUUAAGUAGAAACGAAAAAA